AUGAGGUUCUCCACUAUUAUAGCAGUGUCUGUCUUGCUGCUGUCUGGAGCAUAUGCACAGGACCGAGAGUACUCUUGCUGGGGUCACUGGGACUGGCGUCAUAGACCUGAUUGCGAUCGUUGGCAUGGCAAUAACUGGUUCUUCAAGAUUCCUACUAACAUGGUGUAA